AUGGAGGAAAUCAUGUCCAGAGCCGAGUGUUACAUAAAAGGCGAGGAAAGUAAUGCCGAGAAGAAGACGAGAGACACCAAGGAACGUAACAGUUUGACAACAGAUAGGCGCAACUACUACCCGCCUCCAAAUAGAGAUCGAGGCACCUUUAAAAGACAGGAAAGGCGAAUUUACAGUGUAGACGACUUUACCCCGUUAAACACAAGACCGGAAAGAAUCUACAAGGAGGUAUAUCAAACCAAGAUGAUUCCCAAACCGCCAGAACCUCGUGGCGAUCGCAUGGGACAUGAUCUAGAAGCUUGGUCCAAAUAUCAUAAGAUCCGAGGUCAUACGACUGACAAUUGCUGGAGGCUCAAGAAAGAGAUUGAUAAGCUUAUACAAGAAGGGAAACUAGGAGGAUAUGUCAAAGGUGAGCGAAGCGAAGACGAAGGGCGCCCCCCAGAGGAGGAGAACGAAGAUAACCACCGAAAAGAUCCAAAGGAGUGCCACACCCUCAACACCAUCUCAGGAGGCUUCGCUGGAGGUGGCGAGUCCAGUGCAUCCCGAAAGAAAUAUGUACGUCAAGUGAUGUUUAUUGAUGACAGAGCUACGAAUUCAGAGAACGAACAAGAUAUCACCUUCACAUCAGAUGAUUAUGAAGGCGUAGUUCCCCAUGACGAUGACCCCAUGGUCAUCACUUUGCAGAUUUUUAACUGGGACGUAAAGAGAGUUCUAAUCGAUCCAGGAAGCUCGGCUGAUAUCCUAUAUUAUGAUGCUUUCGAGAAAUUAGGUCUCGCCCCAGAACAAUUACAACCUUUUAAGGGCACUGUGGCAGGAUUCACUGGAGAACAGGUGCACGUCCGAGGUUAUGUAACUCUAAAAACAACUUUCGGGUCUGGAGAAAAUGCCGAAACCAUUAAAGUGAAAUACUUAGUGAUUAACGCGCCCAAUUCCUACAACAUCAUUAUUGGGUGA